GCUUCUUCACCCUGGUGUGUUCAUUGGUGCGAAGCACACCGGGCAAUGAACCCCACUGUUGCUUUCCUCGGGCACUCGGUGCCGGCAACACAACUGCUAGACAGUAUUAAUGAGUCCCCUUAAAAGGUACUGUAGUAAUGUUCAAAAGAGACUUCUCUCCUUUAAUGUAAUUCAAUAGAGGAGUUAGAAGCCAGGGUCUGCCAAGCAGGCUUUACACGCAACUUCCAGUAAAGGCUGUGAUCCCAAGGCAUUUUCAGGGGCGAGACAGAGGUGCGCUGUGAGAAACUGCUACUUAUAAGCCAGUACUGUACAGUGAAAGGAAAAUUACUUCAAUGAGCCUGGAGCCAAAAUACUUAUCUGCUCUGUCUGAUAAAUCGUAUUUGUACUAGUGCGUGACAUACCUUCCUGCACGUGUGCCUGGAAAGACACGUGGGCGGAGAUGUCAACUGUGUAUUCAAUCAAACCCUAAAUUCUCUGCCCGGGCUUGUUUUUCCUGCUGCUGCCUGACGCAAGGUUAGGGCCGGUGUAACGACCGGCCCUAGCAACCACGCGGCCUCCUGGCUGAAAUCCCAAAUCGCGGCGAUUUAAAGUGUUUUAAAUCUCAAAUUCGAGCGAUUUCUCCCUACGGUGCCUUAGCUACGCUUCCCGCCUCGGGCAGCAGCAGAGCGGGGCUUGUCCCCUCUGCACCAAGUGGCUGCAAACCGGCCGGCGGCGGGCUGCGGUGUAGCACGGUGGGGAAGGGGCUGCACCUGCUGCUGCUCAGGCGUGGGAGGGAGGAGCAGCCGGGCUCUCGGGCGGGGUCAGCAGACACCGCGCCCGCAUGCGGCUGCGGCAUAGCGCGCUGGUCGCAAGGGCACCGCCCAGCCGCUCCCUCACUACUUGCAGCCCGCUCCCAAGGCUCCGGUGUCCGCGCAGCGGGACUUGGUGCCUGGCCCCAGUCUCCGUGGUGGCGCCCGGGUUACCCCGCUGCCGCCUCGGGGGGCGCCAAAGGCGGCGGGGGAAGGGCUGGCAGGCGGGAGCAGGGGCAGGGGCAGGCUCCCCGCAUGUGUUCCCAGCUCCCCACAGAGCGCUCGGCUUUCACCCCCAUCCCCGAGCGCGGCCAGGCUGGGGCGUGCCCCGGCCGCCCCGUCUCCCCUCCCAGCAGUGCCUGCCGCGCACCCCAGAGAGCAGCAUCCCCGGGCUAGCUCGUGUCUCCUGGGAGGCAGCUGCCAGGGGCUGGCUCUCUCCCAACCAAGCUGAAGCGAGGGACCAGCUCUCUCCCGUCUCCACCCACAGAUAUGGGAAUCGUAUCCCCCCCCAGCCAUCCAGAAGGACUAUCAAAAUAAAGAUGAGCCAUCAAGGAACAUCACAAUACAAAGGAUUGGUUAAUGGCCCUAUCCAACCUGGGAAAAGCUACAUGCAAGGAAGCUCAUCCUAUGGACUUGAAAACUGAAUGAAAGAAAUUAGACAAAUUUCCUGUGACUUUAUCUCUCUCUUUGCUGUUUGAACUCUGGGAGGGCCAGAGACUGAGGCAGAUAUCCCCAGACACUUCGAAUUGACAGAUCUCUACAACUCUGUCACUCUAGUGACUUAGAUGAUAACUCAUUUGUGUUAAAACGUAAUGGCUGCAGCUGUGUUUACCUGUAGUAUAAUCCUAGUGUUUAUCUCUUCAGUGAAGGCAGAGGAAUGCAUGGUACAUGAUGUGCUGCAUAGUCAAAGUUUGAUAUCUGUACUGGUAGGAGAACCUCUUACUAUUGAUUGUUUGUUAGAUAAAACACUGGCUCUUCAGCACAUGAAUUACAGCUUGACUUGGUAUAAAAGUGGGAGCAAAAUGCCUGUAACUCAAGUGAAACUUUCCAGAAUACAUCAGCACAAGAACUUGCUUUGGUUUAUGCCUGCAAUUUUAGAAGACUCAGGAUCCUAUGAAUGUGUCAUGCGGAAUUUAACAAGCUGCAAGAAAAUAUAUUUCAGUGUAAUCGUUUUCAAAAAUACUGCUGGUUUGUGUUUUAAUGGGGAUUUUCUCUAUGCUCAAGAGAUAUCAGCAUCAUCAAAUGCAAAGAUUGUGUGUCCUCAUCUAGAUUAUUUCAGAGAUGAGAAAAAUACUUUACCCAUUCACUGGUAUAAGGAAUGUAAUCUGAUUGACAAUGAAAGAUUUCUAAAUCGGGAUGAUGAUCUCAUAAUAAAUAGUGCAAAUGUAAAUGAUUCAGGAAAUUACUCAUGCAAGAUGACAUAUAAUUAUAUGGAAAAAGAAUAUAACAUUUCACGAAACAUUUAUGUAACUGUUAUAGAGACCCCACUGAAGAAGAGAACUGAAAUUCUUUAUCCAAGAAACAAUACAAUUGAAGUGGAACUUGGGUCCAAUGUUGUUGUGGACUGCAACGUAUCAAGUUUUAAAGAUAAUUCAAUUGGAAUAUCCUGGAGAGUCAAUAAUACUUUAGUCAAUUUUUUGUUUAUGGGGAGAGUCCAAGAGGGAAAUCAAGAAGAUUCUUUCCCAGAUGGGUACUUAUUCUCUACAGUGACGCUCAACAUCACAGAAGUGAAGCAGGAGGAUUAUGGACGUCAGUUUGUGUGUCAUGCUGGUGAAGUUGCAGCCUACAUUGCAUUAAGACGGCCAGUUCGAAAUUUUCAAGGAUACUUGAUUGGAGGACUCCUUGCACCAGUGUUUGUAAUAGUUGUUGCCAUAUUAAUCUACAAGUAUUUCAAGAUUGACAUUGUGCUUUGGUAUCGAAAAUCCUGUCGCCCUUUUCUGAGUAAAGAAGUUUCAGAUGGGAAGAUCUAUGAUGCAUAUGUAUUGUAUCCAAAAAUCAACAGAGUAGAUUGCAUCUACACACCAGAUAACUUUGUGCUAAAGCUGCUUCCUGAGGUUUUAGAGAGACAGUGUGGCUAUAAUCUGUUUAUACUUGGAAGAGAUGAUUUACCAGGAAAAGCUGUGAUCAAUGUUGUUGAUGAAACCAUUAAGCAAAGCAGAAGGCUUAUAAUUGUAUUAGUACCAGAAUCGUCAAGUUGCAGUUUAUUAGAGGAUAUCUUCGAACAGCAACUGGCUGUGUACAGUGCUCUUGUCCAGGAUGGAAUUAAAGUUAUUCUGAUUGAACUAGAUAAAAUAAAGGACUAUACGAACAUGCCAGAAUCAAUCAAAUACAUUAAGCAAAAGCAUGGGGCCAUCACAUGGAAAGGAGACUUCACAGAGAAAUCUUAUUUAGCAAAUACAAAAUUUUGGAAAAAUGUCAGAUACCGAAUGCCACCCAGACGUCCAACUUCUUCAGAACUACACUUGCUGCCAACAGCCUUGAACACCUUUCAAACCACAGAAAGAUGAGGCAUAUGUCACUUUAAUGGCCCUGGGCAGCUGCAUUUUGAAAGCUGUCUUGGUGGAUUUUAUUAGAAUGCUGAUUGUGUACAUAGUAAAUGGACGAUUUCACGUAAAGCCUUUCAGGAUUGCAUUCACAGGUUAAAGAAAGCUAAUUAAUUAUCAUUCCACUGUGCAUAGCUAGCCUGCAGGAUACACAGUACUAUUCCUUCAGUGUUAUAUUAAUGACAACAUUAGAAUGAUGACAGCAGAAAAGAAGCUCCGAACACAGCAGAAACCUCUGGGGAAAAAAUAAGCUUUUGAAAGGGCACUUUUAAGACCCUUUUUGAACAGUGUGUUUCUAGAAAAGAAACUGUAUUAAAGCAGAUGAAGUAUGAUGAACAUUCAGGUAUCUUUUAUGUUAACUGAGUCCAGAUUUAUAUUCUGAGUUUUGUUAGUGAUAUUUUAUGUCUUUAGCCUAGUAGUUUAACUACAAUUGCAGUAGUUAAAAGCGCAGUUCAUUAAUCUGUUCUUUAUCACGAACUUACUCAUUCCACCCAGGUUAGACCCUCUUCACCCUGCCACCAAGCACGGUCAGACAUUGCCAUGCAUAUCCUGCAAAAGCUCAUCUUACUCUGAAUUGUAGAUCUUCAACUCCCAACAAAUACAUUUUUAAAUGAAUAUGAACAGUUUGAAAGAUGGAGGCAGUUCAGCUGAAAGAUGCCACAGUGAUUAGUUUUUAAGCAUAAUAUUACUGAACAUAUUUUAAAUGAUCUGGAAGAGGGGCAAAGGAUUAAACAGAUGUAAAAUGUUAAUUACUUCACUGAUAAUACUAAUUUGGGGUAUGAGGCAAGCACCAAGGAGCAUAAAGUAAACCUAUGAAGGCUGGAAAUCCAUCCGUAAAAUGAUAUAACCUAAUCUAAUAAGAUUCACUAGAAGCAUUACAAAAUGUACUGUACUGAACAGUCAAUGACCUGGCAUAAAGACAGACUAGGUGAUUGAAUAAGUCUCUUCCAUCUCCUAAUGUCUAAGAAUUGAUGAGAAGUGAUAGCAGUGUGUUUAAUAUUGAUCAGGUAUAAGUAUUAAGUUAAUGGAGCAAGUGUGGGGUUUUUUUGGUUUGUUUUUUAAGAAAAUAUAUGCCAUAGUUGCAGCUGAUUUUUAAUAAAUUUCCAGUACUGUUUUGAGUCAAUUUUUGAAGCAAACUGCAGGGAUUUGGUGGUAUAAUUUCCACACUUGCUGGCCAGCAGAGAUGGCAAGUUUUAGAAGUGAUACCUAUUUUUGAGAAAAGGAGGCAGGAUUUUCAUUGACCUUUCCUGGCACAGUGGAGGAUUUAAUGUUUGCAGGUUGUAAUAGAGUAGUCUGUGUAUACUUAUCCAAAGUGUUCUGACUAAAACUGGUAAGAAAUUUAGUCUGCACUGGAGAGGACCACAAGGGCCUGGGAUAUGUUUAAGAUACAGGGAUUUACAACAACGAACUAGUCAAUGUAUUGGCCUUCAGUAGAUUACAGGUGGAAGGAAAUUUGUAUUUUUGUAAAUGAUAGGAAAAAAUCAUGCUCUUGAAAUGAAGAGAAGAGUAGAGUUGCAAAGUGCACAUUGGUCAUGUGAGAAAUGACAACCUCUAGGGCAGGCCAGAGAAAACUGUAGUGAAAUUUGGGAGAUCAAAUAUUGAAUAUCUAAAUGUAUGGAUACUGUACUGACCACCUGUGGAUCUACUGGUUGUCUUCUAAAUUAGCCAGAAAAAGUUAUUUCACUCUGAAACUAAUGCUUAAGGCCCCCUGAUUACAAUGGAACUACUUGCAAAAAUAGUUAAGUGUGUGUGUGUAAGUGUUUGCUUGCCUAGAGGUCUGUGACAAGGGGAACUCUCAAUGCAGAUAGAAGUUGGCUAUGUAAAAGAAGAGCUCUGACUCCUGACAUUAAAUCUGUAAUUGGUUUGAAAUUAACAAAUCCAACCCCUAGAAGUAUUGACUAUAGAUACAUGAAGCUUCACAGAAGACACUGCAUUGAUUGCAGGAUCAAUUCUUUUUUAAUACUGCUUAAUAAAGUAACUUGCUCAGGGUCUGAUAAGUAUGGUUUAUAUUAUAGAUAUUCUAGCAAGUGCAGCAAUACAUUUUUGUAAUUGGCUAUGAUCAAAGGUGGGUAUGGGGAAAUAUGAACUUUAUGUGCUCUCAGGUUCAGCACAAAAGGAAGGAAUUAUAUCACUGGGUCAAAGAACUGUGCUUAUAAAUGCUCAGUAUAUUUUACAUAAGGGGUAAAUUGUAUUUGUAUCAGUCAAUGAAAUACCUCUCUCUCUAACAUACAUAUUUUUAAGAUAGGGUGACCAGACAGCAAAUGUGAAAAAUUGGAAUGGGGGUGAGGGGUAAUAGGAGCUUAUAUAAGAAAAAGACCCUAAAAUCGGCAUAUCUGGUCACCCUGUUUUAAGAUAAGAGAAAUGUAAUAAAACCUCCAGACUGUUGUUUGAAUAGAGUGGGAAUGGUCAUGGUAUCAGGAAGAAAUAUUUUCCAUCUAUAGCAUUGCACAAUUGGAUAUGUUUAUUUUGAGGUUUUCUCCUUUUCUCUGAGCCUCAGGUACUGACCUGCAUCCCCACCCUGCCUUCCUACCAAAGCUGAUGUCACAUUUCCACCACAACCAGGACAUUUUUCUGCCUGUCUUCUUCCCAAAGCUUCACAGAACUGAUGAGGAACAUUGACUAUAUACCAUAGACAUAGAUGGCCCCUGACCUUUUAUGUUGAAAGAACUAAACCCUUCCGAAAGUCAACACAGCUCUUUGCAGUGAACAGGAUGAAAGGUGUGCUGGUGUCAUCCCAGAGCAUCUCAUCCUGGAUAACCGCCUGCAUCCUGAUUUGCUAUGAAGGUUCUGCCUCCAACCAUCACGACAGUCCAUUCCAAAAGGGCCCAGGCUUCAUCAGCAGCAUUCCUCGCACAGAUACCAAUCCAGGACAUUUACAGGGUUGUGACAUGGUCAUUGAUUUAUGCCUUCGCAUCCCACAAUGCCAUCACGCAACAGGCCCAUGAUGAUGCCAGUUUUUGGGAGGGCAGUGUUGCAGUCAGCACAUUCAUGAACUCCAAGCCCACGUUCAGAGAGAUUGCUUGAGUCACCUAGCAUGGAAUUGACAUGAGCAAGCACUCAAAGAAGAAAAAAUGGUUACUGAAAUUUCAUAAAUGUUGCUCUUUGAGAUAUGUUGCUCCUGUACAUUCCAUUACCCAGCCUCCUACCCUCUGUCAGAGCUACUGGCAAGAAGGAACUGAGCAAGUGUGGGACUGGCAGCACCCCUUAUACAGGUGCAUAGGCGCAGGGCUUCAGGAGGCGCUAGGGCCAGCCCCAUGGAUACCACUAAGGG